AUAUACUCAGAUACUCAGAUAGGUGUGUGUCCAAACACGCAUUGUGGAAAUAGCAGGGAUGAAGGGAGACAAACCUCGUGAGACUAGAUUAAUAUAUAUAGUAUACUUUAUUAAAUAGAAGCAAUUAGUUGGAUUGUAUUGUGCAUCACAUUGCCGAAGGGGGCGCUGUCGCAGUCAAAUAGUUAAACUAGUCACUUAUUUCGUGACUAUUUACGUGUACCUGAGGAUUAAAUCCCUCCUAACUAGACAUCCGUUGGUCCCGUAGUUUAAUUCCAAGAGACGGUAACUUUAUAGAUGGCCCUAUAUAAAGGCACUUUGCAAUAGUUGUAAAAGAAGCGGCAGGCUCUAUGUCACAGCUACAUCGUGGACAAGAAAUUAGUCAAGCGUAAACCUUUGCUUCAUUACGUAAAAACAAGAGGUGAACACAUUCUCUCUUUGACAUUACGAAAGUAACCAAUCAUUGAGAAACUGCUUCUCUGGAAUAUUAAGUUCAAUGUUCUUGAGGUGAAAUGAAUAGUCUCUAGGUCUACGUUACCUUCUGUGUUCAUUUCUUCUGUUUUCUAUGUGGAUAUUUUAUUACCAAUAAUCUCAAGGACAUGGAGAAAACUAAAAUGGAAUAUUUAGUUUGGACAAGAACACCCACACUUUUCUACAAGCAUUCUUAUCGGAUAUUAUAUUUCAUUUGUUUAUUAAUUUUGUCGUUUAGUUCAGAAGUACAAGGCACGGCCAAAGUGUAUCUCAAACUGGAGCAGUUCAAGAACCCAGGCAGCAUACAGUCCGACGGCUCAUGCUGUGAUGGUGAGCUCCGAAAUAACGAGUGUACAUCUGGCUGUGACUACGCCCUGGUCAUUUGUCUGGGAGAUAGUGUCAAGUCACCUUGUAAUCUCGCUAACUUCAGUGUUGGAGCCCUGGGCACUAAUGAACCUUUAGUAAACUUCAGCAGCAGCUAUGCAGAUGGCAUCAGCAAUCCUUUGGGAAUUCCAAUCAACGAUUGGAUGGGUUAUGUGGUGAUAACUCUGACGUUCUAUGACGUCGAUACACGAGAACGUCAGUUGAUUGACACGCUUCAAUUUUAUCACAAUAUGACGUCACCACAGAGAAGCGGGAGUCUAAAUUUAAACAUGACCUCCAUGACCAUAGUUGGCAACAGGAAGAAAACCCCGUCAACGCUUAGUCUGCAAGUCAGCACACGAUGUGACACCCAUUACUAUGGUGAGACCUGUACCGUCCACUGCGUGCCAUCAGACGACUGCAGCGGUCAUUAUGACUGUAAUCGUGUCACGGGUGAGCGAAUCUGCGACCGGGGAUGGGGAGGUCAACAGUGUGACCAGCCUCUAGAAGCUAAUCUCACUUGCUCAGCCAGUGAAUGUUCCAACAGUGGUCUGUGUGUCAGGACAACCCGCUCCAACUACUGCUGUUGUAACCAGGGCUUCGAAGGUGAGAGAUGUAACAAAGAUGUCAACGAAUGCAGCAGUAACCCUUGUCAACAUGGUGGCCAUUGCCUCCAAGAGGAUGUCCCUGGAUAUACAUGCGUUUGCAAUGGAAGGUACAAGGGAAAAUUCUGCGAGACACCAACAAGCUGUGAAGACAGUCCUUGUUUGAAUGGAGGAAAGUGUUUGAAUUUCACACAAACUUUCCAAUGCAACUGUGACAUGACAACUUACCGAGGCGAGUUUUGUGAAGUACCCACCUCCACAGCACCAACAGUCACUGAAAGUCAAGGGAAAACGUGCUACGGAAACUACUACGGCAGCAACUGCUUGACCUACUGUAAAGCUGCUGACGACUGUUCCGGACAUUACAAAUGCGACCCACAGACUGGACGAAAGGUUUGUCUGCCAGGAUGGACACAAGAGUCGAACUGUACACGCCGUUAUCCAAACAGCACUAGCGAUGCUGGAUGUGGUUGCCAAAAUGGAGGUCAGUGUUUUAACGGCACAUGCUGUUGCCCAGUCGAGUUUACGGGAAGUCGUUGCCAGGAAAAAGCUCUGUACUGCCCAAACAAUCCCUGCAAAAACGGUGGCACUUGUUUUGAACAAGAUUCGGAAUUUUGGUGUGUUUGUCCGGAAAUGUUUACUGGAGAGAUCUGCGAGACAAUGCGGUAUCCCAAUAAGAAUUGCAAGGAGAACUACUAUGGCCCUAAUUGCGAGCAAUACUGUAAAGCCAGUUAUCAAUGCGGCUCGACUGGUGGGCAAUACUACUGUGAUGAACUGACGGGCAUGAAAGUCUGUAUGUUUGGUUGGACGGGACCCCAGUGCGACCAGCGGGACCCGAACGCCAAUCACGCCGUACCAUGCCCUAGGAGCACGUGCAGAAACGGCGGCUCGUGUUACAACAGUACCUGUUGCUGCCUACCCGGGUUCACGGGUUCGUUGUGCCACAUAGAAAUUCUAGAGUGUGAAAGUAACCCUUGCCUCAACGACGCAGUCUGUUCAGAUCUAAUCAAUGGUUACUUAUGUACUUGUAAAAACGGCUUCACAGGAACCAAUUGCGAGCUGGAGCAAAAAAACCCUAUCGUCAAAAACGACACGGAAGAAUACGGUGACCCAUGUGAAGAUGUUACUUGUCUGAAUGGUGGCACUUGCCUCACUAUAGGGAAGAAAGAGUUCUUUUGUAUGUGUUCAGGAGAAAGAUAUGUAGGGACCUACUGUGAGAAAGAGAUCGCUCCAAGAUCACCGAACCCUUACUGCCCGAUGCACUAUUACGGCAACAACUGUACAACAAAGUGCAUCGAAGAAAAUUCGGAGAAAGGACAUUAUCUUUGCGACCCCACAAACGGUCAGAUAAUUUGUAGAUGUGGCUGGACCGGUCAACGUUGUGACCGUAGGAUCCUUCCAGUUGAAUUCGAUCCGGAGUGUCCAGUAUAUGGCACUGGUUGUAAGAACAACGGCAGUUGCUUUAAAGGCUAUUGUUUAUGCCCUUACCCAUAUUCUGGAAGAUUUUGUGAAGAGGAAAAACUAGCAUGUUACUCAAAUCCAUGUGGACCAUUUGGAAUUUGUCUUGACAUAAAAUCUGGUUAUUCCUGCCAGUGUAACCCAGGCUAUUCCGGCAAAAAUUGUGACAUUCUGGACGACAAAACCGGCAUUGAUUUCUCCUGGUCAAUUCCAAUAUUUCUGGAGACUGAAACUAAUCUAGACCCAACUGCUUCACAAAAGAAUCCUCCUCAGACAGAAAGCCUACUUACAGCUGCAGUUUCUACUAUGUCAAGCUUGCUACCAGUUAAGGACACGUCUUUGUCAUAUAUCAGUACAAUUCCUAUUGAUUAUACAGCCACAACAUCACAAGCAUUUCUGUUUACUAGUGGUGAGUCUUUACAAUCUCAAAGCAUAUUUCAAUCAGAGACAAAACAUUUAUUUCCGAGUCUUACUGCAGCCCAAGACAGCGGUCAUCUCUAUACAACGAGCGAAAUGUUUUUAUCCCAUUUGGUAACCGACUUAGACUUAAAGGCAACUUUUAUAAGUACGUUUCAACCGUCACGGCCUUCCUCUUUAAUAUCAGAAUCAUCGGCUAUUGCGACGCGAUGCGGAAGUUUUACAUGUUACAAUGGAGGUGUCUGUGACAUAAUAAGCAACACUUGUAAAUGCCCAAGGGCUAAUAUGGGUCAGUUCUGUGAAAUAAUGGACUCAAUGACCAGUUGGGAAUCCAAGAUUACCCCAACUGCGUCUCUGCUUUCGUCACUGAUGUCCGAGUCAUCGGCUAUUGUGACGCGAUGCGGAAGUUUUACAUGUUACAAUGGAGGUGUCUGUGACAUAAUAAGCAACACUUGUAAAUGCCCAAGGGCUAAUAUGGGUCAGUUCUGUGAAAUAAUGGACUCAAUGACCAGUUGGGAAUCCAAGAUUACCCCAACUGCGUCUCUGCUUUCGUCACUGAUGUCCGAGUCAUCGGCUAUUGUGACGCGAUGCGGAACUUUUACAUGUUACAAUGGAGGUGACUGUGACAUAAUAGGCAACACUUGUAAAUGCCCAAGGGCUAAUAUGGGUCAGUUCUGUGAAAUAAUGGACUCAAUGACCAGUUGGGAAUCCAAGAUUACCCCAACUGCGUCUCUGCUUUCGUCACUGAUGUCCGAGUCAUCGGCUAUUGUGACGCGAUGCGGAAGUUUUACAUGUUACAAUGGAGGUGUCUGUGACAUAAUAAGCAACACUUGUAAAUGCCCAAGGGCUAAUAUGGGUCAGUUCUGUGAAAUAAUGGACUCAAUGACCAGUUGGGAAUCCAAGAUUACCCCAACUGCGUCUCUGCUUUCGUCACUGAUGUCCGAGUCAUCGGCUAUUGUGACGCGAUGCGGAACUUUUACAUGUUACAAUGGAGGUGACUGUGACAUAAUAGGCAACACUUGUAAAUGCCCAAGGGCUAAUAUGGGUCAGUUCUGUGAAAUAAUGGACUCAAUGACCAGUUGGGAAUCCAAGAUUACCCCAACUGCGUCUCUGCUUUCGUCACUGAUGUCCGAGUCAUCGGCUAUUGUGACGCGAUGCGGAAGUUUUACAUGUUACAAUGGAGGUGUCUGUGACAUAAUAAGCAACACUUGUAAAUGCCCAAGGGCUAAUAUGGGUCAGUUCUGUGAAAUAAUGGACUCAAUGACCAGUUGGGAAUCCAAGAUUACCCCAACUGCGUCUCUGCUUUCGUCACUGAUGUCCGAGUCAUCGGCUAUUGCUACGCGAUGCGGAAGUUUUACAUGUUACAAUGGAGGUGUCUGUGACAUAAUAAGCAACACUUGUAAAUGCCCAAGGGCUAAUAUGGGUCAGUUCUGUGAAAUAAUGGACUCAAUGACCAGUUGGGAAUCCAAGAUUACCCCAACUGAGUCUCUGCUUUCGUCACUGAUGUCCGAGUCAUCGGCUAUUGCUACGCGAUGCGGAAGUUUUACAUGUUACAAUGGAGGUGUCUGUGACAUAAUAAGCAACACUUGUAAAUGCCCAAGGGCUAAUAUGGGUCAGUUCUGUGAAAUAAUGGACUCAAUGACCAGUUGGGAAUCCAAGAUUACUCCAACUGCCUCUCUGCAGUCUUCAUCGGCACCCGAGUCAUCGGUCAUGGCUACACGAUGUGGCAGCCUAACGUGUGUGAACGGUGGCAUCUGUGAAACGUCACCAAUAGGCAGUACAUGUAAAUGCCCUAAGGCAAAUAUGGGUCAGUUCUGUGAAAUAGUGGAUUCUUGGACUGGUUCGACAACAAUGUCAGUUUCCUAUCAUUAUAUUGACAAUACCGCUUCUUCUAUUCAGAAACUGGACAGCUUGUCCACAUGGCAGACUACACUUGAUUUUAAAGUUGUGAGUGCAACUGAUUCAGUCAUACAAGUUCGAUCAAUGCCCACUUCUUAUGUAACACACAUUUCAGGUAGUGCCAGUUUUUACAUUAACCACUUAGUAUCCGAUGUUAAAUUUGGUGAAACAUCUUUGAUGCAGACAAUUUUACCUUCACAAAACAUCGGAGAAAUGUCUGUGUCAGGUAUUUUUGGUAACAUUGUUUCCACGUCGGGUCAAUAUACAGCAUCCACGCAUACUCCAAAUAAUGAAAAUGUGUUUGCUUCAUCCUACAAUGCCGUUGCGACAGAAGCACCCCCACAUUCAGGCACAAGUUCAGGACAACCUUUAGGAACACUUUCAGGGUCAAUGAAUGCCGGACCGAUGUCAGUACAAGAUUCAAUCUAUUUGCAAUCUACAACCAACCUGCACCAUACUCUUGUCAUAGACUCUAUUGUCCAGAGGAGUAGUUACCCUGGGAAAACAGUGUCAUUAUCCUCAGGAUAUACUCAGCAGUCAUCAUACUACGAUUCAGCAGUCAGCGGAUACGUCUUUGCAACUAUGGCGCCAGGUGACGUUAGGUUAACGGCUUCCCUAGAUACUGCUUUCAAAUCGCGUGAUCACGAUGCAACUCCGUCAAUGAGCUCUGAAAUCCACAAUUUUAUAUCAACCACUGAUAGUCUUGGUACAACGAGAUCAAUGCAAGGCUCGGAACACAUUUUCCAAUCGGAUUUCUUCUACAUGACUAGCGGUCAAAUGUCAGCAACUUCUCACAGGGACAGCAUGCUGGACUCUCUCAGUCAACAACUUCACUCAAAUACUUUCCUAUUUAAUCCAAGUGAUCACACUUCCUUAGUGUCAUUCCCCCAUACAGCAUUACAGUCAAGCUCUGAGUACUCCCCAAACAACCUUGAUACAGACACCAUGAGUGUAUCUAACUCCCUAAACCCAUCGGAUUACGUCCCUGCACAAUCAUUGUUCGGAAAUUCUCUUACUACUGGAAACCCUGGCAAUGCUGGUUCAUUAGUGGGAACACCUUCAAGUAUGUUCCUCUCUUCUGGAUCUUUCAGCAAGCUUGUGCCUACAGCGCAAAGUUAUGCAACAGUUUCAGCCUCUCCUUUCCAAGUCACAGAUAAGUAUUCACCCUUAUCCAUAGAUCCAUCACUGUCUUUACUCUCAAAUGCUCAGAGAUUAUCAACACUUCCGAUGGACUCGUCAUUACCUAGCUCUCAUGUUCAGAGAUUAUCAACAGUGCCUGUUGUCUCUUCAAUGUCAUUUGGCACUCAAUUCUACCAAAGUACUGAUGCUUUAUCAACGUUGGUUACCCCAACUUCCUUACCCAACACGCACAUUGCAUUGAAUACACAAACCUCAUCAGGUCCAAGAGUUUCAUCCUUGUCAGAAACGUUUAGUUCUGGUACACAAAGUGUGGUUGUGUCACGGUCAACAUCUUAUGUAGCAGUCUCAUCAACUGCCAUAGUGACUGGUUCGCCAUCUAUUGCUACUCAAAACCCCCCGAGACCGAUAUUUGGUGAGAUUUACAUUAUCAACAUGGUCAGUGACUUGAAAGUAUUGAUACAGUUUCUACAGACAGCAUUCAUUUCAGCUUUUCAAACAGGCAAACCUUGUUGCUUUACGAUAACACCAGACGACAGUGACAAAUAUUUUGACGAUACUUGGAAUCCGCUAGUUCGUAUUGAGUAUAAACUGACUCCACCUUCCAGUGACCUAGACAUGGUCUAUAUUCGAGAUAUCAUGUUAACUGAGCUGGACCGUCUUCUGGAGUCUACUGCAGUCUUUGUCGCCAACGGAAACAAAGUUUACCGUGGUAGACCCCACGGGCCAGAAGUUAUAUUUAGCCUUGAUAUCACGGGCGAGGUAGUCAUGACAACUUACGCUAAAAUCAGCAGCGUUAUUGAUGAGAGCUGGCUGGCAAGUAAUGCAGGUUGUGGCUGUACAUACAGAAGUCAGAUUGUUUACGGUCAGAAAUCGGCUGGAAGAUAUGGAACUCGAGUGACAAGACUCUAUUAUGUCAUGUACAAAAAUGAUGUCCUGCAGCUGACAUUGACCAGAGAGGCACCUUUGGCUUCAUUCAUCGUUGCUGCCUUCAAUGCCCGGCGUGACCUGUAUGGCAUCUACCGUCAUGGCGAGGUCAUGUCAUACAACUAUCGUUACGAAGCUGUCAUCAACAAGGGUCUCAGGCUGACAUCACAAAUGGGCCUCCUGGCCAGCACAGCACUGAAAACGCAGUGGCAGCGGUAUCUAAAUAGUACUCAAUGUUCCAGAUCAAUUUGUAAUGUAUCAGUAAGUUUUACACGCCCAGAUGUACUAUAUUCUGAUCUUAGUCCUGGAGCAAUCUUAACAAGUUUGAGCUAUUUCAUCUUUCUUAAUGGAGCUUUACUCAAGCCAGCGUCAGUCAAGCCUCCUACACUGGGUGACAUGGGGGAUCUCUUCAGCCCUUGUGGCUGUCAAAAACGUUCCAUUCAUUCAUUUUAUGUAUAUGGAGAAGUUCCUUAUUUCACGCUGAACAGAAUUGUCAAUGAAAUGAUACAAGAUGAGAAAAAUGCUACAAUAAUAUCUCGAGAAUUUUAUUAUGAUAUUUAUGGGAGUCUCUUGACAAAGGUCAGCUUUAGGCCAUCAUCUUUCAGCUCUUGGAUUCCAGGAAAAUCAAAUAACAACUUCAAAAAUGUGUUUGCCAUUCGCAACCUGAAGGUUCUGGAGGAUGGUUUGCCCAUUAAACAGCAAUACCGAUUAGUUCUUCAAGGGUCAGUGCUGAACCAGAGUGCAGAAGCUGUGCAGAAGAUACUUAAUGAGGCCUGGAGUUCAAACAACAGAGACAUUGCUCCAGAGGAUCUUUCAGCUUACAUUAUCAAAUUGGACUCAGAAAAUUUUCUGACAAGCAAUGGAAGUCAAGUUACUAUUGUUUACUAUGUGGUUAUUGUUGACCAAGCGGAUGCAAGUCUCACCAUAGCUGAAGAACCAUCCAUGGACAGCAUUGUGACCACCUUUGGGAAAUUAGCAGGUGGAAAAUUUGCUGUGUGCACAUGCUCUGUUUCCAGACAGCAGAACAUUAGUACUGUGGGUAAUUUUAAUGCUGCUAACUUAACACAACUAGAGCUAGUGAAGAGAGCUUUGGCUGAUGCAUGGAGGGACACUAACAAAGAUUACACAGGAAACAUAACGGUCAACAUACACAACAUGACUAGCAACCAGUCCAGAGAUCAAGGUCAGACAACUGUAUUUAGCAUUGCUCUAGAUGGCGGUCAGCCGGGAGUUACAGACAUUGACUUACAGAAACCAACAGGUACACUGGUCACUCGCUUUUCUGAUUCUGAGUCCACUGUCACUCUAGUGCAAGAUGGUGGAACAGAGACACGAACUGGUCAAUCGGAUGAUUUUCCUUGGUACAUCCCAGUGGGUGUUAUUCUAGCACUACUACUUGUAUUUGUUGUCAUGUUCGUCUUCAUCUGCAUAGUAAGGGACAGAAGAAAGGAUUCCAAAGAAAUCGACAAUAAUCCUGAUGACUUCCAGGAAGACAACUUUGAUAAAGAACAUUUUACCAUGGAACCAGUUGCUUUUGAAAAUGAGGCUUUCCGAAAUCUAGAGAUGAUGUCACAGUCAUACAUAGUCAAUCCAGACGAACAUUAGAACGGCCCAUUCUAAUUGGAUAAAAGAAAUUGUCUGAAUUGGUGUGUGUAUGGUUGUGUAUGAGUGACAUUGUUGAAGGAUAACUGAAGAUGGAUGUUCUCAAUUAAUUUGUACAUAAAGUUGUUUCCCUGGAUACUCUAUUCUAUUCAAAGUUCUUGCAUUUAAAUAUAAAUAUAUUUUUUUAAUGUACAUAAUGGUUAAUAACAUUUUAUAACUUCGAGUUACAAAUUGUUUGUUAUACUUACAUAAGACUUCAGUUGUGGAAGCACAGAUAAAGGGUAAUAAUAUAAUAGUAAUAUUUUAAAAGACAUAAAAA